GUAAAGCUUUUUAUCUGCUUUUAUUCAAUGUAUUACUCUUAUAGAACAAACGUGGAGAAAUUGACUGCUGUUCUUCAGCCUGUAGGCAUCACAAUAUAGUUUACUCAGGCUUUUCUUCAUGAUGUUUAUUUUUGUCAACAUGAGAUCAUGAUGAUCUCAUCUGAGAGAAGCCCUCAUCUGAAAAGAAACAAAGCAACAGCUUUCAGGUUCAAGUUACACACCUGUUAUUUCUUGCUGCCCACCUGGUGCUGAUCACCCCUCUAAAGUGGAUAAAUCCCACCCCAAUGAAGAAUUUAAGGGGGAAAAUCCCACUGAUUUACAGAGAUGAAUGGCAGGGGUGAAAACUGUUGGCUUUCUUAGAUUUGACAUUGUUGAAGGUGAUGUUUGUUUUAGUCUAGCUCCCGAUUGUUUGCUGUUAUUUGAGCUCCAUCUAGCAGUUUCUUGUGGAUGCUCAGAAGUACUUAACCCAGAGUUGGCACUUUAAUUACUUAUUUUCCCUUCCUCUGUCCUGAUAAUGACCCGUAAAAACUGUCCCAUGGGGCCAUUUCCUGGAGGGGAAAUCACCCUGUGGUUAGUUUGUGGUUGCUAUAGCUACAUAGGUGAGAAAGUAGACACAGGAAGUAGUGUGAAGUUGUACUUCCUUUGCAUGUGCAGGAUCAGUUUAUAAGCAGACAGACUUAUCUUGUGUGACGUGUUCACCGUGAGCCCGCUUUAAGUGUCAAAGUACUGUGAACAGAAGCUAUCGUGUUCAGCUUUAAUCAAAACCAUCUGCACGGAGUUUAAUUUUAAGUUUCUGAAUAAUCCCCAUGGGUGCUGUUAAAAGAAACCAUAGAGCACUCAUGCCCGACGUGGUUUCUGCUGCCAGGCGCCUUGAGAAGAAUUUGGCCUGGAUAUUAGAGGUGUUAGCAGCUUGUUAACCAUCGCUCGGCCUGACACAGAUCAGUGCUGUCUGUACUGUCAGCCUUCCCCUUGAGUCACAAGGGUACACUGCGUGUUUUGAUCCAGAUUGCAUUAUUUAAAAUCAUGGUUAUGCAAUUGAUUGAUUUAAUUUCCGUUUCAGGCUUGGUCUCCAGCAGUUAUUCACACAAGAUAACUGAGGUUAAACUGUUAAUGUGCCCCAUGCAUUAUUUUGCCUUUAAGCAUAUCCAUAAAAGUCCAUAUUCAGUCCCCAACAGGCUGUGGUAGGUUUAAUUACAAUUUAAAUUGGAAAGAAUAAAGUUCACAGAAAUCUGAUUUAUUAAAAAUACAUUAGUCUAAUAAAUCAACAUUUUUACCAGUUUGUAUAUGUGCUAAGUAAUCAGACCAUGAUGAUGAUGAUAAAUAAUAAUUUUUGUUUGCUCAGCUCUUACCACAACAAGCAUUACUUCACAAAAACGCACAAUAAACUUCAUCCAAAAUCAGAUUUAAAGAUUAUAAAAUCUUUUGUAAGUUAGUAAAGCAAUGUUUAGGUCAAGCUUGAUGUUGUCGUACACAGCAAGGAAUACACCUUAAUAAUUCAACACCUGUAUCAGAUUGGGACCCAUUAUUGGCAGAUAUCCACAGCCAUCUAUCUGUAUUGAAUCAGAAAUGAAUGAAGCUUGACCAGUGCAACCGUAAAAGUUAUUAUAGUGAACUAAAACUGGGUGAGAAGACUUUGGUUCAUGUUUGUUGUAAUUAAUAUUUUCUUAACUUCUUAAGUGUGAGCUUUGACAAACAGCACCCACAUUAUAAAGAUAAAAAAAUGAAAAUAGCUGAAAUAAAGCAGUUUUAAACUAAACCGAAACAAGCAAACCCUCAGUGGAAACUAAUUCAAAUUUAAUUGAACUGGAAAUAAAAAUUUCAAGUGAAAUCAAAAUGCAAACAAAUGAUAAAUAUAAAACUAAAAUUAUUCGUAUCACUAGCCCUCACUAGCUUAUAGUUUGACAUGUUUGUCACAGCCCAGAUCUGCAGUUUUGUUAAAGGCAGCAUCUCGGUCCAUUAUACAGAAAUCAGUUGAAAAAUCUUUUUUUGAAAAAUUUAAAAGUGCAUGGCUUUGGGUUUUUUUUUGUUUUUUAAUUCUUGUGCUGGGUUUUUACGAGCACUGAGCUUUUCCGUUGAGCGGUGUAAGUUUGGCCUGCUCUGGGGAGAAGUUAGUGUGUGGUGAGAGAGGGGGAACUUCCAGAGAAGUCCAUUUAGUGUGACCCAUGAUGCUGUGCAGGAGGUGAGAUGACCAGCUAACCGAUCCUCCCUGGGAGCUGCAACUGUAGUGGUGAGAUGACAGGUGACAGAUUAGCACAUACAUGUGGACACACUCUAAACUCCCAUGACCUCCCCCCCUGGUCUGGACACUGUUACUCUCACACACCUAAAGUCAAUUUUCCUGACAAGUUUCACUGACCUCCUCCGGCCUGCAGGAGGGCUUUAAUGUCCAUGUGUCAGGAAGGCUGAAAGACGGCUAAGAGAGGGGUUCUCCAAAGUGUCGCUGACUCAGGCAGUUGCAGCCAGGGAAGGACAGUGCCUGAUCACUUGGAAAGAAAGCUCAGCUGAGAGAUGGACACAUAGAUGAGCAAAACGGAAAACGUCAACAGGCAGAGCAGCUUUUCCAUCAACCUGCCUGGUCAGUGCCAGUCUGCUGACCCUUUCUGCCCUAGAGAAAACUUCUGUCAUCGAUCUACGCUCUAAGGACUGGAAAACAAGACCAUUCAUGCAUCUCUCUGUCUGCCUGUCCAGGGCAAUUAAAACCAUCUUUUAGCAUCUUAUAAUCAUCUACGCAAAUAUGUAGUUAUUCAGAGACAUGGCAAAGUCUCCUCCUUCCAUCCUUUCUACCAAUCAGGAGCAACGGCUAGAUGGCUAACCACUUUUUUCAUCCACCGGUCCCUCCCAGUUCCUGCCCUUCCUGCCAUCACUCGCUUGUCAUGCUGCCCAAGAAAAUUGCCAUCUACCCAGCAGAGGAUGAGCUAGUGAGCUUGUCUACUGUCUAUGACCUCCUGGAUGAACAGCAGCACUACUACAAGGAGCUGAUCCAGCAGCAGGAGAGGAGCUACAGAGCCUUCCUCCAGAUGCUGAUGGACUCGUCAUCAAGCCGCAUGGACGGCCUUGUCAGAGAGAUGCAGGACCUGAGGAACUGCCUGCAGAGAACCAAGGCCGAGCUGGCCGAAGUGAAAAAACAGGGCGUCCAGACCAGCAAGAGGGCAGAGUGCUUGGCUGAAGGCUUGGUGAUGGUGCGGGGAGCACUUGACGGGCUCACCCUGAAAACCGGAGGAGUAGGUGCAGGAGGCAGAGGUGUGGAUCUGAAGCAGCGCAAAGGACCUGGAGGGUUAAGGCUAGAUGGAGGAAGUGGAGCCAGGGAGGCAAAAAAAACAGAACCGAAAGCAGCAAAGCUGGUGGCAGACCUCACAGACAUCCACUUUGAUGAGAUAAAGCAUGAUAGCUGUUGCUGAUUGGCUGAUGGGAAGAUUAUAGCGGUACUUAAAGACAAGUACCGCUAUAGUCCUGCAGGAUCAAACAUGUAUGUGACCUUUUCAAAAUAAGAAAAUUGCAGAGAAUGAUUGAAAAUGUUGGACUGUAGAGGAAAUAAUAGAUCAUUAAAUGACAGAAAAAGAGCUAAUGGGGGGUUUUUUGGUUUUUUUUAACUUUUUUUCCCACUAUAAAUGAACCAUGAAGUUUCAGAAUUCUUUUUAUACGGUGGGUACAUAGGGGCAAAAAAAACCCACCAAAAAACAUCUGAAUAACGAGAUUGCAAAUACUUUGUUUUGUUUUAUUAAAGGCUUUAUUUCUUUAAAAUGUGAACCCAAAGAGCUCUUUGUCAGUUUCACAAUCAGUGGUCUAUUAAAUAUGAAGGUUUUCAGAAUGUACUUCUUCUUUACACUAAAAGAACAAUUUACAUGGUAGGAUGUAAUGCAGUAAUAUCUCUGCAAGUAUAACAACAAAGACUAGAGGACGUCCUGGACUGGUAAAAUAUGUUAAACUGUGAUAUUGAUGGCCAAAGACAAAAAGUUCUGCCAGGAAAAGCUUGCGUGUCACAAGUGUACCACAACCAAAGUGCUUGCAGAAGCAAUUCUCACCACUCAUCAGCCAUCUUGGUAACGCUUAAUGAAGCAUUAUCUGAUUAACUGUAAAUAGCCAUCAGGACGUAAAAAAGUGAAGUCCUUAAAGUUUGUUGAGUUUGCACCAUAACAUGAUUUUAAAGAUUCCCACCACCAAGACAUUUUGUUGAACAGUUCUUUUCUUCAUUAAUCUAAGUACUAACCCGGUUUAUGUGAGCACCUCAAUGAUUGAGCUUUUUUUAGCAUUUCACUCUCUUAUGUUC